AUGGUUCAUGAUGAUGUUGCAGGAUCUUCGGCCGGCUUGCAGAAGUGGAGAUUCCAAUCGUUUCGGUCCGUUUACUCGGACCUGAAGAAGAUUUGGUGGCCUUGUGGUUCCGUGCCCGCAGAUGAAGAAGCUCCGGCCGACAACACAGAGGCUUUUUCCAGGUGGCGCUGUUGCCCUCGACGUUUUCAACAGACAGGUGAGGAGGAGACGGCAAGCCCAGGACCUUCGCCGCGGCCGCAUGGCAAGAGUCGAGGAUUUUUCACCGCCUCGAACAGCUUCUGCAGUGCACCCUCGUCUGCCUCUGCUGGUGGCGGGGACGAUUUGCUACCUCAGCCACAAUUUAAUCCAGAAGAAUUUCUUCGACAUGAAUGUCAAUCAGAUCUAGUAGACAGGUUCCUGCAAGAUUAUCGCAAAUUGGCUGCGUACGAGGCUGCCACAAGCGCAUCCGCUCGCGCGGAGGAGGGUGUGCUUCCACGAGAGGUGACGGUGCAGUCGUUUCCGAGUCAAUCGCCCACUCGGUCAGAGUCUGGGAUGUUGCAUCGAUUUCAGUCCGUGGAGGUGUCCGCAGACGACGGUGACGGAGAGCAGGAGCCCGAGUCACCGUCUACCUUUGUGCAGGGACAGGCGACCGAGCAUACGGCAUCGGUAUCAGAAGAAGCAGCUGAAACAGUUGUCACGGAGACAAGCCCGUCGCCAGCAUCAAGGAUGGACGAAGGCAACAGUGUUGCGAGCCUGCGAACACCGCGGGCAGAGGCCUCUGCAGAGCCCGAGGUGCCCGCUGAGUCAAAUCCGGAAAGGACGACCACCUUUCUGCCCGUCCAAAGCGACGAGUCUCCAAGGACAAAUGCAUCAAAGGAAGCUGUGAGUGACAGCUCACAAAGCCCUGAGCUAUCACAGCCAACGAACAGAGGGACAGCCUCGGGCAAGAGCAAGCCCUCCAGCCUGCGUAUGAAGUCAGAGCCUCUCAGACCACUGCUGGAAGUGGAAGAGCAAAGCUCGGCGAGCGCUUUGAUCUCCCCGGUAACGAUUUCAACCAUCCAGUCGAUCCCGUCACCCAAAGCGAAGCAGAAGCACCUCGUCUUCAUGGUCGACGGAGAGGAGCUUCAGAUCCUCGGAGUCGACACCCGGGACUCCGAUGUCCCUCCUGAGGAGAGCCCAAGCAGGAACCGGCCAGCGGCGGGAGCUGGGCCAUUGCCUCCACCCGAGGAGAAGCCAUGUGAGAGCGGUGCGGCGCACUGGGACUGUGAGAAUGAGAAGGAUGUCGUGAACCCAGUGGAGGAUGAGGGCCCGAGGCAGCGUCCGACCACGAAGAGGUGCUCACCUCCAGAGAAGCACUGCGUCGAGGACUCUCCUCCGGACCCUCGCUGCAGGCAUGUGAUCCAGGGUGACGAAGAGGCGCUGGCUGCUCUGGAGGUGGCGUCUUGGCCUCCAGCCAAGAUGAGAGUCGUGAAGGACCCAGAUCCUGUCGAUGGCUCCUCGCCGACCUAUCAGGACGUCACUCCACUGCCAUCACCUCCGGCUGCUCCCGCCACGCCGCUGGCGGUGACGCCUUUGCCAGCGCCUGUCACGCCGAUAACGCCAAUCACGCCGGUCACCGCAAGCCCCGGUCCGUCAAGGAGCAGGAUUGCUGGAGCUGCGGCAGCCGCUGCACGUGCCGCAGCGGGAGCGCGACAAGCCAUGGCUGUUGCAAGCCGAGUGUCAACAGCAACAGGAGGAGCUGCGUUGGCGACCUUGGUGAGCCCAGAGGUGUCAUCAGGAGGGACGGACCGCAGGAAUUCAGUCUUCAGUGGACGGUUCAUGCCGCUGUCGCUGUGGGCACAAGCGGAGAGUGCCACACCGCCAGUUUCGGGUCCCGGUUCCCCUGAUCAGGCGAAGGACGAGUACAAGGUCGGUGAUGAGGCUAUGGACAAGCCCCCGGAUGCAGGUGCUGUCUAUGUCGCCGGCGAGUGUGCAAGCAGCUGCGAUGUGAGAUUGGAGAUCAAGCCCACGGAGAGCACUCCGAACUCGGGGUCCGAAGCGGGAGUUCGCCAUCAAGAGGUCUCCAAGUCUUCGCUACCGACGCCACCGAUGGCCCCUGCGGAACAGAGAGCAUCUGCAAGGGGUGCCUCAGCUCCACCAGAUCCCUGCCGGGGGAAGGCCGCCGAGGCUGAUUCAUCUCCGAUACCGCGUCCAGCGUCUGCUGAAGUCAUGAAUGUCGAGCGUGGGAGGUUGGUUUCAGGCUCCGCUGAAUCAUCGCCGCAGAUCAAGAAGGAGUGGACUUCUCCGUAUAGUCCCCGCACUCCGGUCAGGGGUCGAGGCAGCGCACCAUCGUCACCGACACCGUGUAGUCCGUUGUCUCCGUCAAGCGUGUCAGAAUCUAAUGGACAGGACCAAAGCCCUGUGCGGUUUGAUGUUCCAAGAGUGACGCAGUCUUUGUCACAGUCUUCCUACCCGACAUGCACGCGCACACACACGGAGGUUGCAGAUGAGACGGAGGUUCUGGAGGACAUUCUGAUGCCAGCUCCAUUCGCAGAUCACGAGGAACGGGUUUCGACUGUUCCAAGCGCUGCGACUGAAAAGCAGGAAGCUUGGCGCGAACUGCCAUCGACUUCCGAGGUGUUUCGCCAGGAUGCAAGGGCAUCGCGAGAAGGCACAGAAGAAUCAAGGCCAAGCACCAAAGCGGAGCCCGGCGUCCUCGGCAAUGAGGCCUCUUCUGUGUCAAUGAUGCAACCAUUUCAAGUUGCAGCAGACGAUGAAGCCCAUGUCGAGCUUACGGUCGCUGUUGUCCCACCAAGUCCCGGUACUGAGGACGACCGGCGUCCCAGGCACGAUGUACUUGGCGAAGAUGCCGUGCGCCCUUCAGUGGAGGUUGCAUGGCAAGAGGAUCUGCCAGGCCCGACCCCAUCAUGCGAGGACAAUCUUGCGUUAGAUGAAGCCGCUGCCAGCACGGCAUCCACCUGUGUUGCUGUUGAAGGAGGGAAGCCGAGAUUCACCGUGCGGGACGACAAGCUGGACUUACCUAUUCAAGAGCCGGAAAGAGAUGCCGAGCCGCCAGAAGAAGCUCAAAGCGACAAGGCGCCUCUGAGAGAUGCCAUCUCCGCACCUCCCUUCGGCAACAAGCAUCUCGUGAUGACGGCAGGGAGCGUAUGCUCCUCUGACCCGGACGCAUCAACAACACCUGGUUUCCUUGACGAUCAUGAUCCAGAUUGGCCAUUUGCAAGAAUGUACUAUGAAGGACAUGACGCCGGGAAAUUGUACAUAAAUCAACGUCUUGGCCGCCGGUCGCAAGCUCGCGGGAAGAAGCGCCCGAGUACCUACAAGGAUGAGGUGGACUGCCUCCGACUUCAGGUAGGACUUGAUGUCGAACCUGCCUACUGA